UUAACUACCGUUGAUUGAAUUAAAACUUUUCUUAAUAAAUAUUUACAUUUUAUAAACAGUGACGCGUAUUAUUAAAAACAAAAAUGUGUGGAAUAUUCGCAAUCCUCUCGAAAAAAGGACAACCAAUACUACCGAAAAUAUGUCAUGGUUGUGUACACACACUUCGUGAAUUUGCGUAUAGACAAAGUGGAAAACAAAGACAUCGGGGUCCUGACGAAACAGGUGUGGCUAUAAUGCCAGAACAUGGUGUGGCUUUAGUCCAUGAACGACUCGCUGUUAUUGGCGUAAAGACAGGACGUCAGCCUUUAUACUCCGAUGACGGAAAUGUUACAUUGAUUGCCAAUGCUGAAAUAUACAAUUAUCUCGAAUUAGCUGAAUCGAUAGAAAAAAAACGUCCCAAUUACAAUCCACGAAGUGAUUGCAAUGUAAUCGUUGAAUUGUACGAAGAUUACGGAGAAGGCCUGUUUGAACUUAUAACUGGAAUGUUUGCAUUUGUUCUGUAUGACAAAAGUUCUAAAACUGUACUUAUUGCUCGUGAUCCGUUUGGUAUUAUGCCAUUAUACAUUGGAGAGGACGCCGAGGGCAAUAUGUGGAUAUCAUCGGAAAUGAAGUGCUUGGUCGAAUUUUGCCCAAAUAUAAAGAACUUCCCACCAGGACACUAUGUUAUGGGGGAAUUGGGAGGAAAUUUAAAUCCUCAGCGAUUUUACAACCGUCCAUGGCAACAGGAAAUUCCCUGUCAACCAGCCGAUGUUAAUUUGAUACAAGAACGUUUAGAAUCAGCAGUGCGUACACACCUGCAGUGUGAUGUACCUUUUGGAGCCUUGCUUUCGGGUGGUGUUGACUCUAGCCUAAUUGCAUCACUUGCUACGAAGAUAAUGCGAGAAAGGGAUCCAAAUUAUCGAUUACGUACUUUUUCGGUGGGCAUGAAGGGUUCGCCCGACUUUAAGUAUGCUCGAAUGGUGGCUGAUUAUAUUAACAGCGAUCAUACCGAAGUUUCUUUUACGGUUGAGGACUGUCUAGAUGGAGUGCGUGAUUUGAUAUAUCAUUUGGAAUCAUAUGACAUAGCCACUGUACGAUGCAGUUUACCCAUGUUUUAUUUGGCCCGUUAUGUCAAGAGCACUGGUAUCAAAAUGAUUUUGUCAGGCGAAGGUGCCGAUGAAAUAUUUGGUGGAUAUUUGUACUUUUUCAAGGCCCCUAAUUAUGAAGAGUUUCACAAGGAGAUGGUAACACGGGUCGAUCAACUGCAUGUCUCAGACAUUCUGCGAGCCAAUAAAGUUACGAUGUCGAAAGGCUUGGAACUUAGAGUUCCUUUUCUCGAUACAGGUUUUGUGGAUUACGUGAUGUCCAUACGACCGGAAGACAAAAUACCAGGACCGCUUAACUGUUUCAAUGGCACUAUUGCUGACCGAAUGGAAAAAUAUAUUUUGCGCAAAGCUUUUGAAAACAACUAUCUUCCACCCGAAGUACUCUGGCGUCAAAAAGAACAAUUUUCAGACGGCGUUGGCUACGAUUUAAUUGAAGCAUUGCCUCGUUUUGCCGCCAAACAUGUCAGUGAUAUGGAAUUUACCAAAGCUUCCGUACGUUUUCCAAUUAAUACUCCAAAGACGAAAGAAGCUUUCUACUACAGAUGUAUAUUUGAAGAGCAGUUUCCUGGUAAAUCGGCAGCUUUAACAGUUGAAAAGUGGGCUCCUCGACUAGAUUGGGGUUGUCCAGAAGACCCAUCUGGAAGAGCUCAAGAAGCUCAUGCAAAUCGUUUAAAGGAAUAUCUUAAAUAAUUAAUUUCAAAAUAUGCAUACAUAUAAGAAGUUUUUAUAUUAUCAAUUUGUUUAAUUGUUUAAAGUAGUUCAUAUUCUCAAAAUAAAGUAAAUAGUUUAUAGUUAUGAUGCAAA